AUGGCAGAAAAAGGCACUUCCAUAUCCCUCCACGAAAAACUCGACGGCAACGAACCCUCCACCCCUCCCUCCCCAUCCCAAGAUGCCGCCGUCCUAUCCCAAGACUUAAAAUUCGAAAAGCGCGUCCUGCGCAAAAUCGACAUCCGCCUCCUCCCCAUCCUCGGCGCCCUCUACACAAUCGCAAUGGUAGACCGAAGUAACAUAUCCGUAGCCCGUAUUUCCGGACUCGAUGAAGAUGUGGGUCUAGCGAAAGGUGACCGGGCCUCUGUUGCGCUGCUUGUGUUUUUUAUCGGGUAUAUGCUGUUUGAGUUGCCGAGUAAUAUGGUUAUUCAUCGCGUUGGAGCUGCGAAUUGGCUCGCGUUGAUUGUUUUUGCGUGGGGGUUGGUGUCGAUGGGGAUUGGGUUCUUGAAUAAUUGGGUCGCGCUCGCGGUACUAAGAUCAUUCUUGGGUGUUUUUGAGGCGGGUUUUUACCCGGGAUGUGUUUACUUGAUCUCGUCUUGGUAUAAGAGAUAUGAGGUACAGAAGAGAUUGGCUACAUUCUUUAUGACCGGGUCCGCGUUAUCGGCUUUUGCGAAUAUCUUCGCGCUUGCGCUUAUUCAGAUUGCGAAGGCGCCUGGGACGAAUUAUAAGGGUUGGAGAUGGAUUUAUAUCAUUGAAGGUGUUAUGACCUGUGUUGCGGCUGUUAUUGCUUGGUUUGUCAUCGUCGACUUUCCCGAUUCGCACCGCAACAAGUUUCUCACGGCGGAAGAAGCCGCUUUCGUUAAGGCACGGUUGGCACAGGAUCGUGGAUCUGAAGAGCGUGAAAAGGUUACGUGGGCCAUUUUCGUCGAGACCAUCACCGAUUGGAAGGUCUGGUCUUUCGCAUUGAUGUACUCAGCCGGUGCUGUGGGAGUCUACGCUUUCUUAUUCUUCCUGCCCCUCAUUCUGCGUAAUGGUAUGGGAUACUCGCAGGAGCUCGCGUUUGUACUCUCAGCACCGCCAGCAUUAUUCUCAGUCGUUGAGGGUAUGUUCAUUUCAUGGCUUGCCGAUAAAAUGCACUUGCGCGGACUCUUUGUUAUCGUCCAAGGCCUUGUGGCUAUUAUAGGGUUAUGUAUGACGGGUUUCGUCGACCAACCUGUUCCAAGAUAUAUCGGUACUUUCCUCGGUGAAGCUGGUGUAAACGGACUCGUGGUUACUACUCUGGCUUGGCAAGCAAAUAAUCUACGCGGUGACGCAAGGCGUGCUUGUGCUACUGCUGUCAUGAUUGCUAUUAGUGGUCUUGGUGGUAUCUAUUCGUCACUAGUCUUCCGCCAACAGGAUGCACCCGACUACGUCCCGGGUAUAAUAGCUGUGAUGGCUAUUUGUAUAGCUGCUGUUGUCGCCGCUUGUAUUUCGAUAGUCCUGCUCAGAUGGGAAAACAAACGGGCGGAUGAAGGGAAGAAGAUUAUCGAUGACCGUCUCACUGAAUUUAGAUAUACUAUCUAG